GCCUAUGGAGUUGAACAGCUGUGAAAAUGGAUCUCCAAAUAUGGAAGUAAAUGGUGAUGAAGAGAUCCUAAUGAAAACCAAGAGUUCCUUGUAUUUGAAGUCCACAGAGGUAGCUUGCAACAUGUCCAGUGAAGAAAACACAGAUGAUAACGUGACAGUUCAAGGUGAGAUAAUGAAGGAAGAUGGAGAGAAAAACCUUGGGAACCAUGCCAGUGAUCUGUCACAGCCUGUAUCAGACUCCGUUUGCUCACCAGAAUCUGCCUGGGAAGACAGUGAAGAAGUUAUUCCAACUUUCUUUAGUACUAUGAAUACCAGCUUUAGUGACAUUGAACUUCUGGAAGACAGUGGCAUUCCCACAGAAGCUUUCUUGGCAUCUUGUUAUGCGGUGGUUCCAGUAUUAGACAAACUUGGUCCUACAGUGUUUGCUCCUGUUAAGAUGGAUCUUGUCGGAAAUAUUAAGAAGGUAAAUCAGAAGUACAUAACAAACAAGGAAGAAUUUACCACCCUCCAGAAGAUAGUGCUGCAUGAGGUGGAGGCGGAUGUAGCUCAGGUUAGGAACUCAGCAACUGAAGCCCUCUUGUGGCUGAAGAGAGGUCUCAAAUUUCUGAAGGGAUUUUUGACAGAAGUGAAGAAUGGGGAAAAGGAUAUCCAGACAGCACUGAAUAACGCAUACGGCAAAACAUUACGGCAACACCAUGGCUGGGUAGUUCGAGGGGUUUUUGCGUUGGCACUGAGGGCAGCACCAUCCUAUGAAGAUUUCGUGGCUGCGCUAACCAUAAAAGAAGGCGACCACCAGAAAGAAGCUUUCAGUGCGGGGAUGCAGAGAGACCUCAGCCUUUACCUCCCUGCUAUGGAAAAGCAGCUGGCCAUACUGGACACUUUAUAUGAGAUCCACGGGCUGGAAUCCGAUGAGGUGGUGUGACAGCUACAGGACAGCACCUCCUAACUUCAGGGAAUAAAAUUUGCUAAAGUGUUUGGUUGCCCUAGUUAAUUCCCAGCAACAGCUGUGAUACUCUCCAGCUCCUUUCCUUGGGGAGAUGGACAUGAGGGAGAGAAACAGUGCUUUUAUAGAGUUGUUUUAAUGCAUAUGUGUUCCACGUGUUCAAAAUCAAGGUGCUAAACAUUUCAGCAGGCCUACUGGAAAACAAAUCAUAGCUGUCACAGACUUGAAUAGCAAGUAGUAAGAGCAAAAUUGACAAAUGAAUUUGUUGGGACACAUUUUGUAUUGUUUUGUUUCAGUUACUAGUUUUAAUGUGCCACCCAAGCAGUAUGCAAGACUGUAAUACAAAGCCAGUGUUUAUGUAGCUUAGAGGUUGACUGAGCAUCGGCAUUUUGGUAAGCCCCUUUGUUGACGGCCUUGCCUUUCUAAGAGUUUGGUAUUCCUGGGCUUUCUGAGUGGAUCCCUUCUCUGUGGCUCCACCGACGAGAAGGGCUGUGUAGUGAGGACUUUUGGGCAGUUGUGGGAAAACAUGGACAAGAACUGUCAAGUGAAACAGUGCUCAAGUAGAUGACCUCGCCCCAUGCUUCAGAACAGAACAGAACAGAAAUGUGGGGUAAGUCAUUUGGGUGACACAUGCCACUUUUUGCUAAUACAUUUCCUAUGUGUUAUCUGAAUUAGAUAUCAUAACAAAACAGUGACGUUAAAGAGGAUAUUUAUCCUACUUCAGAAGUAAGUUUAGAAUAGGAAGGUCGGCUCAAAUUCUUGGAGUAUCUUGCUUCUCAUGAUUUUAUUUUUUAAUUAAUUAAUUAAUUAAUUUUUUGCCUAGCUUCAUGAACGCUCUUCAGCAAGAAGAGCCCCGUAGCUUCCAAAUGCAAUCUAGAUCACCCCUGUACUAAAGUCACAUGAUGUGCUGUUUCAAAGAACAGAGUCCUAGAACUUACCUGAAGAACUCAACUCUGGAGGUGAAACAGGAAUGUGCCUGAUGAUAACCUUCCCAGGUGGCACUCAAGUUCACAAGGUUGAAAAGCCACCCAAUUGAAUUUUAGUUUACAAAAUUCCCAGCCUCUGCAAAAACCAAAAGAAACACCCCCUCCCUGGAGGAAGGGGCCGUCCUUCAAGUAAAAUAAUUAAAUGGCGAGGGAAUAGUCCAGCAGCUUGUUUAACAUUGCUUGUGGCAUUCUUCUAUAAAGAGUGACAAGGUGUCCUUGUUUCUCAGCAGUGGACCAAGCUGCCUGUGUGUUUAUAGGGAAGAAGCCAUGUGUGCCUUCCCCUGUAAAGGCUACUUCCUCCUUCCAACAAGAUGGCUCCUCCCGGCAUGAGCAGUCCCCCGAGGAAAGUGAGCACUUUCCCAGAUGCAGGUGAGGGAGCAGCUGUGCACAUUGCUUUCACUGCCGCACGACUAGGGCUCUGCAGAGAAUCUUGUGCAGGGAAAGGUACUGAUUCUGUCUUUUGUUUGCCUUUAAUUAAGUGGGCACUUACAUGAGUGAGGCAGUCGAGCUGGCCUCAGUGAUGCAUGGAGUCCCAGCUACUUGGAAGUAGGAGGCCAAAGUAAUACUUGAGCCCAGGACCUGGAGGAUAACCUGGGCAACAUAGCAAGACCUUGCCUCUUAAAAAUACUUUAAAAAUUAUUUUAAGUGAAGCAAGCCUUUUGCCUACAUGAGAAGUUACAAAAAUUAAAUUUAGGACAGGGGUGAUGGCACUAUAAAGGGGCUGUAAUGCUGACUGACAGUAUGCUACUUUGCUCUUGCAAGGAAUUCAUAUGGUUCCUCUUCCCUGGCUAACAGAAAGGGAAAAUUGGCCAUAAUUUAAACCUCAUGCCCUUGGCAUAACCUCUUAAGGCAGAAAAAGAAAAGUAGCCAAUUGUGCCAUCAGUGGGCUGUGCCCCCCAGGAAAUUGAUGUGAAUCGUGGCUGUGCUGAGCAGCUGCAAGUGCCUCUGUGGUCUCUAAAGCCCAGGGGUGGGUCUGCACUAAGGCCCUGUAUGCACACAAAAGGAAAGCUGCCUUGGAGGGCAGUCUGAGUUUGUAGGUUCAUUUCACCUGGACUAGUAGUUGUUGGUUUCUCAUUUUAGUUAAAGCCAUAAUUUUUUCUGAUUUUUAGUUACUUUCUAAGAAAGGGGUAAUGAGGAAAACAUCCUGAAAGUGUUCCUGGAACCCUUCCAAGAGCCCUGGCAUCCCUAAGCCACCCUCACCCUAACAAAGGAAGAACUGGUGUUUUUGUUGACAGACCGCUCACCUUGUCUUCAUUGCUAACAACAGAUUUUGGAUUAUUUUCCUUGCAUAAACUUGAGAAGCUGGAGACUAGGGAAAUGUGUCUUCCAAGAUGCCAGCAGAAUUGAAUAAGUAGUGUUGGCUGACCCUAUUCAGAGCAUUCUUCCACCAUCAUCCCAGUCUGCUUCUCACCCCCACGCCAUGACACUCUGCUCCACAUGGGUUGGCAUCUGUGUGUGUGCUGACCUGAACAAAGGCUUUUCAACUGUGAAAAGCCAUUUGUCAUCUGAAAACAGAGCUGAUUGCAACUGAAAGAGGCUGAAAGAGGCUGACUUGGAGGAAUGCCUUUGAGGGUGCAAACCAACCUGUAACUGAGGCAGAGGUGACACAGCUCUUGGCAGCUCUUGACACAUCCCGGAAGGGGCUCUUAGUAACAAUGCAGUGGCUUGUUACUAUGUCCAAGUCAUUCUGAGCAGGGAAGCAUCCCGCAGUGUCGCAUCCCAUAGUGGGGAGCAUCACCGAACCCCCUCUUUCAGCCUUACAGCUUUUCUCUGCUAUCGAACAUUGCUAGCAGUGAGCCCCACCCCACAUCAGCUUGCCACAAUGAUUCCCUCUCCCAGCUCUUGUUUCCCCUUCUUCAGCAGCAGCCCACCUGGGACAGGAUCUGUUAUACCCCUGGGCACACUGCCAGAGCUUCAGGCAGAAGCCAUGUGCACAAGCUGUAAGGUAGGGAAGGCCACAGUGGGAGAGCUGAGCGACAGGGCAGCCACAGACCGGUGGCUUUGAGCACUCCAUGCACAGUGAGCACAUUCAGCUUCCUGUCUGCAGAGUAGCCUUUCUAGGUAAGAGAAGUGUAUCGAUAAAUACAGUGCUCUUUGUUAAAUCUGAAGUGAAGAGAGCUGAUGAAUUUUUUUCUAAAGAAAACUAGUCUAACUGUAGAGGCCAUAGCUAUAGAAAGAUUGUUGCAUUUCUGAAUCAUCAGUUCAAACCACUGCUUCUGAUUUAGUAACAGGUUUACAACAGUUCAAAUCCCCACCCUCACGAUUCAUGUCGCUCCCAGUCAUUUUUAAAUUUGAAGGUUUCUAGACGUAGACUUUCUAAGUAACUGCAGUCUGUGUUGAGCCAUCACUCUAUUUGACGAUCUAAUGCAUUUGGCCAUAGAGAGCCAGGCCUGUACAGCCUUGUGGCAGUGUGCAGUCUACAUGCUUGUGGGCGGCAGACCCUAUCCCCGUGACAUGCACACAAAGCGCCAUAUUGACAAGCGUGUUCUACUUCCAUGUGACCUUCUGUAGCCUGCAGUCGCUUACUCAGGGGUUCCACAGUAAUGGCAUAAAGAUCCACUAGCUGUCUAACAGGCUUUGAAGACUUUAUCCGUGACAAUGUCAUAGAUGUAUAACACUAGUUGGGGGUCCUUCACUGCACACUGGCCCUCCCCUGUGAAUGCUCCCAGUCCAACCCUGUCUAGACUAUCCUGCAGAUUGUGUGAUUUUUUUUUAUUUUUUUUAUUUUUUUUUGCUACACAGCUGCAUUCAGGGAUUUUAGGGCAUGAUUAACCAGUCACGGGUGAGGCGUCUGGUGCAGGUAAUGCCUGCAUUGAUCUCUCUUCCCCAUUGUCUAUAUAUAGCCUUUCCUGAAAAGAAAAAAAAAAUGCCACUACUUUGCAAUGCAAAGUUUUCAGAAUUCUUGUCAAUUGUGAAUCCUUGCGUCACUUCUUCAUGGUGAAAAGUGUUUCCAGCCAAGCUGUAUGGGACAUCUGCUUGUUUUAAAUGUCUCAUAUAUUUAAAGUGUGGUCAGUAUCCUUUCCUUAAACAUACCCCUGGGCAGAGUGGACCCCUCAUUCCGUAGUGGGUUGUUCCAUAUCCCUAAGAUGGAUAGCCUCAUUGCACAGGUGAUCUCAUCCACAGAGAACCCCGUGUGUGUGUGUCCAUUCACGGGGUAGGUGGAGGCAAUGGGGAGAGCUGUAAUCUAGACAGCUGAUGAGCCAGCUUUGUGGCAUGGGUAAUGUGUGGUUCCCGUGUGUCAUAAGAAUUUCACUAGAAUGUCAUUAAACAGCCCAACUACCUCAUGUGAAAUUGGCUGUGGACAAUCUGUAUUUGAUGAGAAGUGUGUUCAGAGAAAUGUAUUCUGGUUAAUAAGUUGAACAGUACGGUGUCUCUAUGAAGAAGAAACAUGUUAUACCAGAUGCCAAAGGCUAGACUAUACAUAGACUUUUCUUGGAUUCCUUUCUAUGUUACUGUUUAAUUCCCAGUCUGUAUCCUCAUGAACGUUUGUAGUUUUGUAGAGCCACAGGCUUUGAGUAUCUGUCACAGAAUCCUACAUCACCUCUUGUCCCUUGGUAUUUUGAGUGUACGUCAUAAUGCUGGUAGGAAGCAAGUUAAACUACGAAAGCGUCAAACGGCUUGUGGCUUCUUAAUUUAAUGGACCUUUACUUAGAAAUGUACUAGAGCCUCUUAGGACCAAUUGUUGAGUGAAAAUCUUGUGUGCAAAUGUGUCUGCUUCUCUGUCCAAGUUGUUAUUCUGUAUUUCAUGGGAAAUGGGGCAGGAGAAAGGGGUUUAGUUCCUUUGGAGAAUGUUUGAAAACAUCUGUCAGAUUUUUAUAUUCAUUAGUUAAAAUAAACAUAUUUUUAGAGUAUUUA